UUCUUUUUUCAUUUUCUUUUGGUUUAGUGCAUUUGUGUGUUUGUGUGCGCCUUCGAAUGUUUUUUUGGCAAAUGUUUUUGUUGCGCGUUCGCGUGCGCUUGUUUGUUCAUGCGUGUGCGUAAAUGCGUUUGCAUGCGUGUUUUUAGAACUCAUUCCAGACUUUCUGGGUGGGUUUAGCUAUUGUAAUGAUGCUUUUAUUACAUUAUUUAGUAAUGUCUGCGUUUAGAGAUCCAUCAUGAAUUGUCAGAGGACAUCGCCUUAGUGUGAGACAGCUAGACCGUAUGCAUGUGUGUGUGGCGCUGAAUCGAUUCAGCAGCAGUGUAGCUGUGAAUAUUUAAGUGAUUUAAGAUUAAAGAGUCUGGAGCCGAAUAAAAGCGCACAGAUUUAAUAUAAAACCAUAUUAAAGAGGCUCAGCUUUAUGAGGUCACAGAAGAUCUGCAGUACACAGAGCACAGCUGUGAGUGGAGCGAGAACAGAGGAAGAGAAAGAAAGAAAGAGAGAGAAAGCAGCGGAGAGAGGGGUCAGAUAGCAUCCACCAAACUUCUUGGGCUAGAUUUCUUUUUCUGAAUUAAAUACUCAGCUCUAUUAUAGACUUUACCUAGUAUGCAGUAGGCUAAUGCUGACUCAGGUUAUGAUACUGCUAGUAAAAAAAAUAAUAACGAUAGCUAGAAGUAAUGGCCCUGCUGGUGUCUAUGUAAACCACUCAUCCUGCCACUUUCUUCCUCAUUUUUCUGCUAAUCUGACAGUUUCCUUCUUCCUUUCACUGUUUUUCAUAAUAUUGGAUGAGAGUGACGCGUCUGCAAAAACUACCAGAGAGAAAAGUUGACUACUCAGAUUAGUGUUUUCCAUAGAAACCUCGCGUCCUCGCCUCACACAACAUGCAGCAGAAGAGUUUUGUCCUAAUAAGUAACUGUUUUAGAGUUCAAGUAGCCUAAUAUGGUGUGUGCUUUAGCGCUGGAGCGCAUGUAUGUGUAUAAUUUUGUUUUUUGAAAAACAGUGUGUGCUCGUGUGUUUUUGUGCAUGUGUGUCAUUUGAUGUUUUUAUUUGAUUGGCAGUCCUGUCCCGCUUUUAACACUCAGUCUGCUCUGAUUCUCAACACAUGCCACAAUUACACUACUAGUCCUCUGUUCUAACUCCUUAAAGAUGUGGAACUUCACACACUUGGACGCUCACACAUGCACACACUGAGUAAGCCUAAUGUACAAACAUGUGGCUAUAGGGAAAGUUUGACGAGAAAGUUUUUUUUUUUUUUUUUAGGUCCAAGGUUUUCAGGGGUCCUUGUGGGUCUCUUGUGGAUCUCCAGAGAGGCGUUUCAAAAUAUUUGUAUCUUUUAACUGAUGAUUUUUAAUGCAUUAUAUAAUGUAAUUAUGGCAGUUAUUUAAAGUGCAAGUAUGCAGUAGGUAGUUUAAAAAAAAAAAAAAAAACUGAUGUGGAGACACAACAAAACGAACUAUGAAACUCUCUUGACUUCACCAGCUAAAAUUUGGUUUUUUUUUCUGACGCUAUUGUUAGCGCUGUAGUGAUUUACAUUUGUUUUCGUCUUGAUGAUAGUCACAGUGCCGCGCUUUUCCGCGGGAGGAUUUUCAAUGAGGUGACGUCACGUCGCCAGCCAAUCAGCAGCUAGGGGUCGGUCUCUGGAGUUGGCCGUAGUAGGUUAUCAGCCUGAAUCCUCGCAGUCCGAGGUCAGGAAGCCAGAUGAGCCCGCAGAGAAGCGCUUGCUCACCGCGUCCAGCCCAAGCCAAAAGUCGCUGAGAAGACGAGGAAGUUCGGUAUGCUGAAGCAAUGCUGACUGACCUGCACGCAGCCAUGGUACCGAAGCGCGAGCCGGCGAAGUUGGAGGAGCGCGAGCGCACGCAGGCGGCGUGUGAGUGCCAAAGCCAAUGCAACAACUGCAAAAUCUUCCUGAGUUUAUUCAUCCUCUCGCUCUCUCUGCACUUCGUCACGCUCUUCUGCUACCUGGACCUGCGCUCAGAGCUCAAACGAGAAAUAACCCAGAAGAACAAAGAUGAGGUGUCAUCAACGGGGCCGGUGCCGCACUAUGAAGCCACAGCGCCAGUGCUCCGGUUACCGGACACCGACCACCCAACAAUAGACGACCAGAGCAGAUGGAGGGAUGAACACACAAGAGGGCUGGAGAGAGUCAUUCAUCGUACCAAACGUUCAGAAACAAAUGGAAAAAAGAAAGGGGAGCGGAAAAAAGGCAAGAAAGGACCCCCUGGCGCUCCUGGACCUCCAGGCCCACCUGGUCCACAAGGUCCACCUGGAAUACCAGGGAUCCCAGGAAUUCCAGGCAGUAACGCGAUGGGUCCCUCUGGCCCACCCGGACCUCCUGGACCAGCAGGGCCACCUGGACCACAAGGUCCACCCGGACCACAGGGACCUUCAGGUGGUGCAGAUAAAGGCAAACACAGAGAGACACAGCCAGCUGUGGUGCAUCUUCAAGGUCAGGAAACUACUAUCCAGGUGAAAGAAGAUUUGUCAGAAGGUGUGUUGAAAAAUUGGAGAAUGAUCUCAAUCCACCAGAGAGUGUUUAAAAUGCACUCGCGCUCUGGAGAGCUGGAAGUCCUACUUGACGGAACAUAUUUUAUAUAUAGUCAGGUAUAUUACCUGAACUUCACGGACAUAGCGAGUUAUGAGGUGAUGGUUGACAAGACUCCAUUCUUGCGCUGCACGCGAAGCAUCGAGACCGGCCAGCGCAAGUUCAACACCUGUUACACUGCGGGGGUGUGUUUGUUGCGAGCCCGCCAGAGGAUCUCCAUCCGCAUGGUGUACGAGGACACCUCCAUCUCCAUGAGCAACCACACCACCUUCCUCGGCAGCAUCCGUCUAGGGGACGCCCCGGCCGCCGGACACACCUGAGCCCAUCGGCGUACAGAUCGACCCGAUCAGACACACACAUCACGCUGAUGAGCUCACAGACCACACCCACUGAACUCAACUGAGCCAGUAUGUCUCAUUAGCACCGCCCCAAGGACACAGAGCCAACCAUUUAUGAACGCCCGGGCUCAUCUACAUAUCUGCCGAGCGUCAGGCAAAUGUGACUAUGUAGCAUCACCAACACUGACAAAAAGAUCCAAUUCUCUCUGAGCACUGAAACAGCCUCCAUCAUUCCUCAAACGCUAGCAACGCAACACUGGCUUCCUGGUUUCAGCCAUUCAAGCAGCUUCCACCUAGCGACUGGAUGAGCUCGGCGCCCUUACAGCUGCUGCGUGUAUGUGAUAUCCGGGAGGAAGUGCACCUGCAGUGAUUUCAGUGACUGGAACUGUGAACGGAGUGAGAUACUCUAUUCAUGCAAUGCAGCCCGCUCAAUCCAUAACACACACACUUAAAUAGAUUCAACAACACAUAAAUAGUGAACCUGUGUACUUUUCUAUUAAGCACUGAUUAUGGCAAUGUAUAAAACAGAAUAUCUAUGUUAUCACUAAACCUUUACAAAUGCAGUCAAGAUACCCAUUUUUAAUAUGAAGUCAUGCAAUUCUGAAAUGUACAGUUUUAUGGUUCUUUGUUCUUGAUCUGUAACUACCUGUGGGAAAAACCAAGUGAUUGCAGUAGUUCAGGCACUGAAAGUGAUGAUAAUCCAUAAUGGUUUUCUAGUGUCCUAGUCUUCAACAUUAUCCUGAAUAUGCAAUACAAUACCAUGUGCCUCCUGUAGGGGACAGUAGUGCUCCUUUAUAGCAAUGGUUUUCAAACCUCUCCAUGAAGUACCCCCAGCACUGCACUGAGUAUGUCUCCCUAUAUCUGACACACCCACUUCAGGUCUCGCAGUCUCCGCUAAUGAGCUGACGGGUUGAUAGAUGAGGGAGACGUAAUGAGCAGAGCUGGGGGUACUCCAGGACCGGUUUGAGAACCACUGCUCUAAAGCAAAUGAAGCACUGAGUCUGGCUGUGUUUGGAAUAGAAUACUAUUGUACUUCAAUUACUUUUGCUACAGUACAUAGAAUGCAUGCUGUACUCUUAUUUAUAUAUAUAUAUAUAUAUAUAUAUAUAUAUAUAUAUAUAUAUAUAUAUAUAUAUAUUGUUUAAAAUAAUUUUGAGUUUAAGAACGCAUUAAAUUGGUCAAAAGUUACAGUAAAGAUGUUUACAGUGUUUCAAAAGAUUUAUAUUUCAAAUGAAUGCUGUUUAGUGGUGUAUAUUCUGAAUACGGUAUCCCACAAUGCAAAGUCCCACAGAUAUCCUCAUUAAUAUAGACAACUUUACACACACACACACAAAACAUAUAACAUAUAAGAUGAUAACUUGCUGAAUUGAUCAUGCAACUUGAACUAAAAUACUACUGAAAUGCAGCGUUUCGUAAUCUAUUGUUGCAUAUACCGGUUUUAAAAACAGUAGGCAGUAAUCAGUAUAUACUGAACACAGUAUAAAGUAAGCAAUAAGCUAGUAUUCCAUUCCAAACAUAUGAGCCUGUCUUUCACUCCAACACACACUGAUAAAAAUCAGUGUCAUGAAUCAGCCCUUGAAAUUUCUUCAGCACCCAAGUGACAGCUCAGGAUUGUGGAUCUGAAUGGGCUGUGGAGAAAAACCGAAUUAUGCUAGUGUAGUUUAGUUAAUAGAAAUCAGAUCCUCACAGCGAGAACAAACUGCUUUAUUGUGUGUUCAAAGGUCUUGGAAUAAAAAGAAGAAUGGGAAUUAUCUGGAACCUUCUGAAGAGAGCUGGUAAUCUGCCCUCAGGUUUCCUCUGCAUGUUCCCUCUGUCUCCACAUGGAAAUGUAAAAAACCAGGAGAGUCUGAAUGUGAUUGUGUUCUGAUAGAUUUGUUGUUUAUAUCCCCCUUUUUCUUCCCUCAAACAUCGCAUCCGACCGACAGCUUGUUUUAGUUUUUGUUUCUGGUGUGUGUGUGUGUGUGUGUGUGCGUGUGUGUUUUAGAUACGAGUGUCUUUGUAGGUAAGUGUUUGUAUACUGUAUGUAGUCCUGUUUUACUGAAGAUAAUGUAUAUUUGUAAACUAUACAGGGACUGUAUAUAUGUACAUAAGAUAUUUUUCUCUUUUGUAAAGUUUUUUUAUGUCCUAUUAAAUUGUUUUUGGAAGACUGUUUUUAAAGUGUGCUUCAGUUUCAAAUGUUCCCAGAGAAAGUGUGAAUUACAGUGACAACUUCAGUUUUGGGCCAGUUGGUGUGCAAUGCCAUCUAGUGUUCAGUAAAAAAAAAAAAAACUUGUCUGUUUUCUAAUUCCUGUAAAUUCAGUCAUAGAAUUCAGAUAUGACCAUCAGUAUAUGCUUGUAGUCAUAUACAGAGAUGUUUGUGGCCUAAUUUAUUCAGAUCUAAAAACUGACUGUAUUUGUGAACACGUGACUGAAUGUUGAUUCAAACUCAUUGCUGUUCCACACUGUCUAGAACAGAAACAUCCUUUCUGCCUGUGUGUAUUCAGUGUUAAGUGGUCUGGAGGAUGGCGUAACGGCCAAUAACACCUUACAGUGUCAUUCUUUCACAAACAUGAAUGUUUCGUCACCUGUUUCCACAUUCCUCUGUCUUACUGUCUACAUUGUACACAAACAAAUGCAAAAGACAGGAUACGCUCUUGGUGCAAAACCUUUGUCUAAAAUCUCAGAACAAUUACGUCAAAGAGCACAAAACAGUAAGCAAAGGACUCGUCCUCACAAGCCCCCUGACUGCUUCAAACAGGUGAACUCUAUACAC